CGAAGGAGGUGGGGUCUAUUUUAUUUAUAUAAAAUAUAUAUUUUUAUAUAUAAAAAUAGUAUAUAUAUAUAAAAAUAGUAUAUGUAUAUAUUUUUUUUUUAAAUAUAUAAAAAGUAAGUGUGUAGGAUUAUUUUUUUUUAAUUAUAAUUUUUUACGUGGCAAUGAUAUGACACUGAUUUGGCAACGACGUGGCGCAUGUAUAGUGCACUCUUCGUGUGAGAGUGGAAUUUUGAUUUUGAGGGUGAAUUUAAUUCACUUGAAAGAUGUUAAGGGGUUAAAUAAAUGAAAGUUAAAUUUAAGUGCUAAAGUGAGUUUGGAAGAUAAGUUCAUGAGGAAAAAGAUGUUUUUUCUCUAUCCUAAGCUCUCUUUUGUUUCUUCUUUGAUCAAAGUAAAUUAAUCAUUCUACAUGGCGUCCUAUGUGUAUCAUGUGGUGUAUUAUGCCAUAUAGGAUGUGUGUGUCUACUUGUGCACACUCAAAGUUGGAGGCCAUAAAUGUGUUUUGAGGGUGGUCCAAUGAAGUAUUUGAAGCAAAAGAUUCAUGUGAUUGACGACAAGAAUUUAGUUACAAAAUAUUCACUUAUCGAAGGUGAUGUUCUUGGAGAUAAAGCAGAAUCAGUUGGCUAUGAUGGCAAAUUUGAAGCUUCUGCAGAUGGAGGAUGUGUUUGCACCACAGUAAUUGUGUACCACACAAAAGGUGAUUAUGUUGUUACUGAGGAAGAACACAAUGUGCACAAAGAGAAAGCCAGUGACCUUAUCAAGGCCAUCGAAGCAUACCUCCUCGCCAAUCCUUCUAUAUAUGCUUAAGCCAAUGACUUUGUUGUCACGUUAUAUAACAAAUAAUUAUUAAAUGUGUCAUGUUCAAGAAGUUUAAAGUUUUACGUGAAACCAAAAAAUCAGAUUGAUUAUGUAUGGGGGGUGUAUCAAUUCCUCUAAGGGCUUAAGUUUUAAGUGUUAUUGUAUUUUGUUGAGUGUAUGUUUUUUUUUCCGAUUGUUUUUCAUGGAAAGAACUUUCAAUAAAGAAUAUCACAAGUUUACUUUUCAAA